AUGUCUUUGUGCGCGCUCGUGUACUGGAACAUAGAUGACUACCCAAUCCCUACCGAUGAUCUUGAUCCUGUUUUUGGCGAUAUCUUAAAAGCUCUUCAUGUAAUGGGCUUUCGUAAUGGGUAUAUAGACGUGUAUCUGUAUUCUGAGCAAAUCAACUGCGAGGCCAUAGUAACUAAUGACUUCUUAGGCCAAGGCGAGUAUUAUUGUGCUUUUGGUUACAAAGUGCUCGAUAUCACUUUGUAUAUGAUUCGUCGCGCAACGUGUAUUGGACCAGGACCAGUGAAUUAUUUUGUAAUUGCAAAACCAAAAAGGGAGUUACAUAGGGUUCUGCAGUGUUUGAAAUCGAGGCGUCACAAUGUUCUUCUAGUAAAGCCGCCGCCCCCUGGUGAAAAGUUUCUCUUUAGUGUAGACUCUCUACUUGAGAAUGCUCGAUUUUUAGGUGGAGGAAAGCCUAGAUUCAAAGAAUUAUAUGCUUCUCAUGCGUCUGAGUAUGAUAUCUCCUUUGAAAAGUAUGUAGAGAUCAAAGAAGAUGUCCGAAAUCGAAGGGCCGAGUCCUAA